GGAGCAGGUGGGAAUCGGUCAGAUGCUGCAUUCGAGUGCAAGCGAUUCAUCUGGACGUAGGCACGCGACUCAUCUGGAGACAUUUCUACCAUGGAACACCUCACCUCUGAACUUUCUGCAUUCGUUGAAUGGCUGGGAGAGUACCUACCAGAGCUUACUGCUGGUUCAUCAGAAGGCCGAGGCUCUGCAAUCGGGAUGACUACUUCUAAUGACAUGGAUUUGAAAAUGGACAACACUGAGAAUAAGACAACUAACUGGCUGCAGCUGUUGCGCAAAACAGACAGCAACCGCAAAGUGGUCAUUGCCUCUCUGGCUUUCCACAAGACCUGGGCACAGGUAUGUCGUCUGCUGGAAGGCCUGGAGCAGGAGUAUAAGAGGAUGGAGGACUGGUGCUGCCCAACAGGCAAACCUGACUCAAGCGCUCAGUUGGACCAUGUAACUUCCGUGAUCAGUAAACACCUGAAACAGAAGGAAUUCUUCCUCAAGGCCUGCACGUUAACCAAGGGCAUCGCAGGGAUCUUCUACCAGUACGUAGUGAGGAACGGCGCUACAAUGGGAAGGCUCAGUGACGACCAAGAAGAGCAUUUUACAGGUAUCUUGAAUGAUUUGUGUGUGAGAGAGAACCGUGUCCUCAGUUUAUGGAAUGCCAGAAAGCAGCAACUGGACCAGUGUCUGCAGUUUUUGAUGUUUGAACGCCGUGCCAUACAGGCCCAGGAGAGAAUACAAGAAAUGGGCGAGGUUUACCUGUCGAUGCACUACUCCACCGGCUCAGGCAUCAGAUUCAGGCAGGAGCUGCUGAAGGAGAAGGAAAACCUUAACAUCAUCAGCAAGCAAAUUGAAGAAUGCGUUAAGCUUCUCAUCCAACUGGCGGACGGGUACUGCGCAAAAGGACACAGCCAUGCCGGCAAGAUGAAAACAUGUGUUUUGGCAGUUGACCGGUGCUACCAGGAUUUGAACCGGCGAAUGGAAAAGCACCGCUGCAGCUUGGAGAAAUUGACUGGCGCUAAGUACUUGGCUGCCCAUUACACCAGGGAGAAGAAGCAUGAAGGUAACGGUCCCAGUUUGCAAAAGUGGCUUAACAAAAGCGUGUGGUGCCCAAACCGUAAUUAAGAAGUACGGUGAGGUGAGGUGGCUGGCAACAAGUACAAGAAGAGAGUUUUGCCGAAGAGAUCCCCUCUUGGGACCCAACUGUAAAUUGUAAAAUGUAAAAAACAACUGUAUAGCUGUAU